AUGUGGGACUUCUAUGACACUAUUUACAACAACACUCCCCCUCAAGCUGGAGCAUAUAGAUCAGAUGCUGAGCCAGUGUCUCCAAACUUGAGUUCCUUCAGUAGUUGUUUUACUUACUUGGGAAAAGUUCAGGGCCUCAUUCAUGAUUUCAAUGAACUGUUGCCGCCUGCUGCAGAUCCUGCUAAAGAACUUGAGCAACGCAGCACGUUCUUCAUGCUCAUGGCUCUUUAUGGUUUGCCCCCGGCAUAUUCUGUCAACCGGGAUCAGAUCUUGGGCUCUACUACUGUUCCAUCGCUUGACUCUGUUUGGUCUACGUUGCUUCGCAUUCCACCUAAGACUUCUAUGGAGCCUGCAGUAUCUGCUCCCUCUUCAAUUGACCCAUCUGCCCUUGUCUCCAAGGGUUUUGCACGUGGACGCAAACCCUCUACGAGACGCUUUCUCUGCACUCAUUGCAAAAAGUCGGGCCAUACUAUUGAUCGUUGUUGGGAUCUUCAUGGUCGCCCUCCUCGCUUCGCUCAUUUUGCUCAGACUACUGUUCUUGCCUCGGACUCUGCCUUGAUUGCUGGAUCACAGCCACCUCCUGGUACCACUGCCUCUAGUGCACACACGGGUAAUUCCUUUGCUGGUGUUUCGCACUCGCCCUCUCUUGGUCCAUGGAUUCUCGAUUCUGGUGCAUCUGACCAUAUUUCUG